AUGCCUCUCGCCGUGAGUGCCCCGGCAUCGGGCGGUGCAGAGGGCCCGCAGUUUGAAAAGGUCGAUUGGAAGCGCGAGCCGGGUCUGCGCAAGCUCUACUUUUAUGCCAUUGUCUUGUGUGUCGCCUCGGCCACUACAGGCUACGAUGGAAUGUUCUUCAACUCGGUCCAAAACUUCGACUCGUGGAAAAACUUCUUUGGCAACCCCCAGGGCUCGAUGCUCGGCCUGCUCGGCGCGCUCUACCAGAUCGGCAGCCUGUGCUCCAUCCCGCUGGUCCCCCUGUUUACCGACAACCUGGGCCGCAAGCCGCCCAUCGCCGUCGGCUGCGUCAUCAUGAUUGUCGGCGCCGUGCUGCAGGGCAGCUGCCAGAACCUGGGCACGUUCAUGGGCGGGCGCGCGCUGCUGGGCUUUGGCAACUCGCUGGCCCAGAUCGCGUCGCCCAUGCUGCUCACGGAGCUGUGCCACCCGCAGCACCGCGGCCGGCUGACGACGGUGUACAACUGCCUGUGGAACGUGGGCGCGCUCAUCGUGACGUGGGUGUCGUUUGGCACCAACUACCUCGACAACAACAGCUCGUGGCGCAUCCCGGCGCUGCUGCAGGGGCUGCCGUCGGUGAUCCAGCUGCUCUUCAUCUACUGGGUGCCCGAGAGCCCGCGCUUCCUCAUGGCCAAGGACAAGCACGAGCAGGCGCUGGCGAUCCUGACCAAGUACCACGGCAGCGGCGACGCCAACCACCGACGCAAGAAGAACAGCACGUACCUCGACUUCUUCCGCACGCGCGGCAACCGCUACCGCCUCGCCGUGCUCAUCUCGCUCGGCAUCUUCUCGCAGUGGUCCGGCAACGCCAUCAUCAGCAACUACCAGAGCAUCCUGUACGACACGGCCGGCAUCACGGACCCCACCACCAAGCUGGGCCUGUCGGGCGGCCAGACGGGGCUGGCCCUCAUCGUCUCCAUCAGCAUGGCCAUGCUCGUCGACCGCAUCGGCCGCCGGCCCAUGUUCCUGGCGUCCACGGCCGGCAUGUUUGGCACGUUUGUCUUCUGGACCCUGACGGCCGGCCUCUACCAGGAUCAACACCUCCAGCGCGCCUCGUACGCCAUGAUCUUCUUCAUCUGGCUCUUUGGCGUCUUCUACUCGCUCGCCUGGUCCGGCCUGCUCGUCGGCUACGCCAUUGAGAUUUUGCCCUACCGCCUGCGCGGCAAGGGCCUCAUGAUUAUGAACUACACCAUCCAGGCCGCGCUGACCCUCAACGUCUACGCCAACCCCGUCGCCUUUGACUACUUCAACGCCCACUCGUGGAAGUUUUACCUCAUCUACACCUGCUGGAUCUUCCUCGAGCUCCUCUUUGUCUACUUUAUGUACGUCGAGACCCGCGGCCCCACCCUCGAGGAGCUGGCCAAGGUCAUUGACGGCCCCGACGCGGCCGUGCCGGAGAUGGACCUGACGCAGGUCGAGAAGGAGCUGCACCUCAACGAGGUCGAGCGGAUUUGA